CCUUCGUUUUCAUGGCGACCGUGAAGUUCAGUUUGCAGAUGAAGGUUUCCUCUGGUAAUGCAUGCCGAGCUUAAGUAGCAGAAGGCGAUGGAGGUGCCUCAAGCUCCUCGAGACCUCCAAGACCUUGAAGCAGCUCAAGCAGUCCCACUCCCUCCUCAUCGCCUCCGGCCUCGGCCGCAGUCCCUUCGCCCUCAGCCGCCUCUUGGCCUUCUACUCCUCCCUCGACCGCCACUCUGUAGACUACGCCUGGGCCGUCUUCUCCCGCGUCGAACGCCCCACAACCGCCUGCAUCUAUAACACAAUGCUCCACGCCCUCCUCCUCCACGACCGCCCUGCCGCCGCCAUCCACGUGUACUCCCGCAUGCUGGCGGACGCCGUCCGCCCCGAUCACUACACCCUCCCCUGCAUUCUCAAGGCCUGCGCGAAGCUCAUCCCCCGCUCUCUCGGGGAGUCCGUCCACGGCCAGGGAAUCAAGCUGGGCCUGGUCAGUAAUCUUUUCGUGGGCAAUGCUCUGAUAGCCUUCUACAUUGCGCUCAACGGCGAACAGGCGGCCCCAGGGAAGGUGUUCGAUGAAAUGCCUGACCGAGACGCCGUAUCGUGGACACUGGCGAUCUCGGGGUCUGCAAAGGCGGGUGAUGUCGAGGCCGCGAGGGCUUUGUUCGACAAGGCCCCUGUCAAGGAUCUGGGCGUGUGGGGUGCGAUGAUUUCGGGUUACGUGCAGGACAAUUGCUUCAAGGAAGGGCUCCACUUGUUCCAGUUGAUGCAAUUAGAGGUCCCUUAUAUCGAGCCCGACGAGGCCCUUCUGGUGAGCGUGCUUUGCGCCUGCGCACACCUGGGGACCCUCGAGACUGGGGUAUGGAUCCACCGGCUCGUGGAGCGACGGCGGCUCAGGCCCACAACCCGUCUUUGGACCGGGCUCAUAGAUAUGUAUGCGAAAUGCGGGUUCUUAGGAUUAGCGAAGAGAUUGUUUGAUGAGAUGCCGCAGAGGGAUACCAUCUGUUGGAAUGCAAUGAUUUCAGGGUUCGCGAUGAAUGGGGUCGGCGGAGCUGCUUUGAGACUGUUCUGCGAUAUGGAGAAAGAGGGGAUUGUUCCUGACAAUGUUACCCUCAUUGCUGUUCUCAUCGCGUGUUCCUACUCAGGAAUGGCUUGUGAGGGCCUCAGGAUUUUACAGAGAUUGCUUAGGGACUACAACAUCGAGCUGCAGAGCGAACUCUAUGGCUGUUUAGUCGAGCUUUUUGGCCGAGCAGGACUACUGGAAGAAGCCAAGGAGAUUUUACUCCUCAGAGAUUCCAGCAAGAACAACAAUGGCUCCCCCGAAGAUGACGCCGUAGCUUGGAGGGCGUUACUGAAUGCCUGCUGCAGCCACGGAGAUAUCAAGCUCGCUGAGCUGGCAGCAGAGAGGCUUCUGCAUAUCGAACAUGACAGUGGAGCCUAUGUCCUGCUGUCGAACUUCUACGCGGCGAAGGGGAAACAGGAAGAGGCUCAGAAAGUCAGGAUGAAGAUGAGGAAUGGAGCAGUUGAUAAGAAGGCUCCUGGCUGCAGUUCGGUUCAGAUCGGCGGGGUCGGCUUUGAGUUUGUAGCCGGGGAAAAGAUGCAUCCUCAGAUGGAAGAGAUUUGUCUCCUCCUCGAGAAGUUGAAUCGGCAUUCUGAUUAUUGAGUUGGAUUCAUUUUGAUAUUGCAGGCCAUAGAAGCUCUCUAGACAAUUUACGCUACUAACCUUAUCCUCGAGGAUGUAGAGCUUAUACAUAGCAAUUCGUAUUCGGUCGAUGUCUUUGAAUUUCCAACAGAGAACUGAACAAAGGACGAAGAACUGUAAAGCUACACAAAAUUGGCUUAAGCGAGAAAUUGGUAGUAGCCGGACCCAA